AUGGCGCUUCCUCCUAGGUGGUACCAGUUCCUGGUCUGUGUAUUCGCUUCACUGGGAUCCGUUCUAUAUGGAUACGAUCUUGGUGUCAUUGCCGAGGCUAUCGCCAGUCCAUCACUAGUCAACGAGUUCAACAUUGACACUACUCAAAGUGGAGCCAUCACAGCAGUCUUCACAGGCGGUGCUUUCUUUGGUGCUAUCUUUGCUGGUCCCUUGGGUGAUUAUACGGGUCGUAAAUAUACCAUCCUUGUCGGCUCUAUUAUCUUCUUGCUAGGAGGUGGACUACAAACUGGAGCACAAAAGAUUGCCUAUCUAUAUGCCGGAAGAGCAGUUGCCGGUCUCGGCGUUGGCAUCCUCGUGAUGAUAGUACCAAUUUACCAAGCCGAGCUAGCACAUCCAGACAUCCGUGGUCGCGUCACUUCCCUCCAGCAACUGAUGCUCGGAGUGGGCUCCCUCGUUGCCUCCUGGAUCUCCUGGGGUACAUAUAUCAACUUCGGCCCCACAGACUCUCGCCAAUGGCGCAUCUCACUGGGGAUCCAAAUGGUUCCAGCCGUCUUCCUCGCCGCGCUAAUUCUACUAUUCCCCGAGUCCCCGCGUUGGUUAAUCGAUCACGGUCGAUUGGACGAAGGUCUGCAUACACUAGCCCGACUACACUCUCGGGGAGACAUCAAUGACCCCUGGGUCCAGACGGAGUAUGACCAGAUUUGCAACUCCAUCGCGCAUGAGCACGAAGCUGAGGCUAAGUCUUAUACGGAGCUUUUCACAGACCGCUCCUGUUUUCGACGGCUGUUCUUGGCCUGUUCCAUUCAGGCUGCUGCUCAGAUGACCGGCGUCAGUGCUAUCCAGUACUUUAGUCCUACGAUCUUUAAGCAGAUGGGUAUCGCUACCAAUGAUACGCUCAAGUAUCAGGGUAUCAGCUCUAUCAUUGCUAUCAUUGCCCAAUUCCUUUGCAUGCUGUUUAUUGAUAAGACGGGGCGACGGUGGCCGCAAAUUCUUGGAAAUCUUGGAAAUUGUCUCUUCUUUGUUAUUCCCACCAUAUUAAUCGCCAAGUUCCCCCCAGGCGCCACAGAUAACAACUCCGCCGGCUGGGCCUUCAUUAUAAUGACCUGGUGCUACAACUUCACCUACAGCUCCACAAUUGGUCCACUGACCUGGAUCAUCUGCGCGGAGAUCUUCGAUACGAAAACGCGAUCUAAAGGUGUAUCCAUUGCGACGAUGGUCUCCUUCGCUUUCAACACCAUGAUCGGCCAGAUUACUGCCCCUGCCAUUGCUAAUAUUGGCGGCUGGGGCUUUUACAUCAUUUUUUGCGUCUUCAAUUUUACUAACGCGGUGUUCUUCUGGUUGAUACUCCCUGAGACUACGAGGUUGCCUCUAGAGGAUAUGAACACGCUAUUCAGGAAUGAGCCGUGGUUUGUGCCGGGAACACAGACGAAGAAGUUUAUUGAGCGAAGUAAGAUGCCGUUGCCUAUUAGUCCGGAGAAGAUUGAGCAUUUCAGUACACAUGAGGAGACUACUGCUUGA